UUGUGAAACACAACACAAACACAAAGCCAAUGCAGAUUGCAGAGAACAAAUAACUCAGCCUCUGAUACUGUGUUUGAGAGAGAGAGAGAGAGAGAGAGCUUUCCGGGAAAUUAAAAGGGCUUCUCUAUUUCUUUGUUUUCAGGAUCGCACAUAAGCCUUGAAGAACAAUGGGAGCUGGGGGCCGAAUGUCUUCCCCCAUGAAGAAUGGAGAGCAGAAGAAUACCCUCCAACGAGUACCACACACGAAGCCCCCAUUCACACUUAGCCAAAUCAAGAAAGCCAUACCACCCCAUUGCUUCCAACGCUCCCUCAUUCGCUCGUUCUCCUAUGUCGUUUACGACCUCUCCUUAGCCUACCUCUUCUACUACAUUGCUACCUCUUACUUCCAAAUCCUCCCAUAUCCCCUUUCCUACUUUGCAUGGCCAAUCUAUUGGGCUUUCCAAGGCUGCAUUCUCACUGGUGUUUGGGUCAUUGCACAUGAGUGCGGUCACCAUGCCUUCAGUGACUAUCAAUGGCUUGACGACAUAGUUGGCCUCAUCCUCCAUUCUGCUCUUAUGGUGCCAUAUUUCUCGUGGAAAAUUAGUCACCGCCGCCAUCACUCCAACACGGGUUCCCUUGAUCGAGAUGAGGUGUUUGUCCCCAAGCCUAAAUCCAAAAUGAAAUGGUAUUCCAAGUACUUGAACAAUCCACCAGGUAGGGCCUUAACUCUUUUGGUCACGCUCACUCUAGGAUGGCCCUUGUACUUGGCCUUCAAUGUUUCAGGACGCCCCUAUGACCGUUUUGCAUGCCACUAUGAUCCCUAUGGCCCCAUUUAUUCUGAUCGUGAAAGGCUUCAAAUAUUUAUCUCGGAUACUGGUAUCUUUGCUACAACUUUUGUGCUUUACCGAGUUGCAAUAGCAAAAGGGCUGGCUUGGCUUGUAUGUGUUUAUGGCAUGCCUUUGCUUGUAGUGAAUGGCUUCCUUGUGACGAUCACAUACUUGCAGCAUACUCACCCUGCAUUGCCACACUAUGACUCAUCGGAAUGGGAUUGGCUGAGAGGAGCAUUGUCAACCAUGGACAGAGAUUAUGGGGUGCUAAAUAAGGUUUUCCAUAAUAUUACAGACACUCAUGUGGCUCACCAUCUCUUCUCUACAAUGCCUCAUUACCAUGCGAUGGAGGCUACCAAAGCAAUCAAGCCAAUACUCGGUGAGUACUACCAGUUUGAUGGCACUCCAAUUUACAAAGCAAUGUGGAGAGAGGCUAAAGAGUGUAUUUAUGUUGAGCCGGAUGAGGGUGCCUCUAGCAAAGGCGUUUUCUGGUACCAGAAUAAGCUGUGAUACCGGCUGCUAAAGAAAAUAUUAUUAUUAGUGGAGAAUCUGUAGUGUGCUAAUAAAAUUAGUAAUAAUUAUGAUGAAAAGAAGAAGAAGAAAGAAAAGUAUGCUAGUGUUGUAACUUGUAAGGACAUGUGAUGCACCUUCCCAAGCAUGAAUUGUGUUUUGUUUU